AUGGAUACGCCAAGGAUACGUCAACGACUUGGCAUGGAGAUUGUGCUCUGCACCUACAACGCCAGGACAGUCUCCACCAACGCCGAUCAUCACCCCCUUCUCGAAGCUGCAGGGCGCAUCAACUACCAC